GUUUAUAUAGAUUCUUCCCAUCAGGUAGUGAGCACAGAGCAGCUCCAGACUCUGCGCUAGUAGCCUACAACCUGAUCUUCUUCUCAGGAUGGGGUAUCUGCUUCCAAAGUGUUUGGCCGUCCUGCUCUUUAUGAGCGUGAUGACACAAGUUGCCACACAAAGUACGACGCAAGUUGUGAACACGACACAAGGUACGACACGACGUGCGACACAAGGCGUGGUGACACCAGGUAUGACACAAGGCGUAGUGACACAAGGUGCGACACAAGGUGCGACACAAGGUGCGACACAAGGUGUGGUGAACACGACACGAGUUGGAUGCUCAAGCCCCCCGGCGCUGUGCUGUCAAGGGUUGAAUAACUCCUGCAAUAGAGGUUGCUUCUGUGACCAGGCCUGCAUGAUGACUGGGGACUGCUGCCCAGACUACAGGCAAACCUGCGUACCACAGACCAAUGCAACAGCGAGCACACCAGGUACCACCCUCAGCACUCUACCACCAACCACAACUAGGAAUGUGGCACAAACAUCUUCAGCUUCAGUGCUUACAACUAAUAUCCCUGGCGUGAUGACACAAGUUGCAACACAAGGUGCGACACAAGGUGUGGUGAACACAACACGAGUUGGAUGCUCAAGCCCCCCGGCGCUGUGCUGUCAAGGGUUGAAUAACUCUUGCAAUAGAGGUUGCUACUGUGACCAGGCCUGCAUGAUGAUUGGGGACUGCUGCCCAGACUACAGGCAAACCUGUGUACCACAGACCAAUGCAACAGCGAGCACACCAGGUACCACCCUCAGCACUCUACCACCAACCACAACUAGGAAUGUGGCACAAACAUCUUCAGCUUCAGUGCUUACAACAAAUAUCCCUGGUCAAUUUAGGCUGUUCUUUCCGGUUCUACCUGGUGCUGUUCAGCAUGCUGUUACCUCUGAUGGAGGUAAUACACUGGUCCAGCUUAGCCAACCAUUCUCCUACUUUGGAAGAGACUACACGCAAUUAUAUCUCAGCAUGGAUGGUUUCCUUUCUUUUGAGCCCCUCUACUUUGACAGCUAUGUUCCAAUUACGAACAAAGAUAUCAUCGCUCCACUGUGGACUGACAUUGACACUUACACCAGAGGAAACAUCACCUAUCAGCAAGCAACAAGUGGACCGCUUAUAGCACAAGCUACAGCAGAAAUUAGACAGAUGUACACCAGGUCCAACUUCACUGCUGCCUGGGUCUUCGUUGGCACCUGGGAGAAGGUUGAAUUCGAACCUGAUGUAGGGGAGGUGACUUUCCAAGUAGUCUUGAUCUCUGAUGAAGACAGUGACGUCUCUUUCAUCCUGAUAAACUACGGUCAAAUUCCAAAUGAUCCAGAAGCCUGGAUGGCUGGCUAUCUGACAGAGGACAAUGCCUAUCAGUUCAGGAUUCAGGCAGCUAGUACCGCUGACCUGUCCAGAAGUUCUAAUGUUGGAAGGCCUGGUCGCUGGGCUUUCCGUGUUGAUGCCUGUGCUGUUUUGAACUGCAGUGCGAAUGAGGUGUGCGUAGCGAGAUCUGGACUUUAUGGCUGCGCCUGUAAGAGUAACAGUCAAAGAUCCAAUCCUGACAAUUUUGAUGUCUCUGAGAGUUGUGUCGGCACUAGUAGGUCAGUGUCUCUGUCCCGCUGCCAGCUCUUUGAAGCUGGAUUUCCUGUAACCGUCCUCCAUCUCAAUGAUCCCUCAUGCAGAGGGCUGGCCCAGAAUGGCAGAGUGACGUUCCGUUUUGAUGACAACACUUGCGGCACAAUUCUGGAGGUUAAUUCAACACACUUCAUCUACAAGAACUCCAUUCAGUCAUUCUCGAGUGUGGGACCAAGGAGUGUGGUCAGUCGUGACAGCUGGCUGAACCUUAACUUCUCCUGUGUGUACCCGCUCAUCCAGAGCAUCUCUGCGCCCAUGACCUUCCAGGCUAUUGAUAGUGUUAUCAACAAGAAGCUGCCAGGUACACUGGGUACAUACCAGAUCCGCAUGGUGCCCUACUCCAAUGCUCUUUUCACCGCUCGUUUAUCCGGUACUGUCACGCUUCACGUGAACGAGCAGGUCUUCAUGGCUGUAGAGGUGGAUGGAGUCGACAGUCAGGUGUUCUCCACUGUGCUGGACAACUGCUGGGCCACUCCCUACAAUGAUCCGAACUACUACGUCCGCUGGGAUCUGAUCAUCAAUGAGUGUCCUAACCCUAAGGAUGGCACAGUGGAGGUGUUGCAGAACGGAGUCUCGAUAUCCAGCCGCUUCUCUUUCAGGAUGUUCACCUUCACUGGCGUCAAUAGAAAUUUCUACCUGCACUGCAAGGUUCACCUGUGCCUGGUGAAUGGAGGUCAUUGUGCACUGCCCUGUGAUGAUGAUGAUGGUGAUGACGAUGAUGGGCAUCCCUUCUCCAGAAGACGCAGAUCUGUGGACUUCCAUGACACAACAUCCAUCAGCAUGAGCUUCUAAUUUAGGCUAUGCUAUAAUCUCCUUUUCUUUAUUUUGAUUGCUGUUGUUAAUUCCUAUACAAAAAUCAAAAGCUUACUACAUAAUUACUUAAUAACCUUUCUGAGGACAAAUAGUAUCCAUCACAAUUAAACUGCAAUUUGUAAUUUCAAGAAUGUUUUAACAGUGGAAAUGUGGGUAUGAUUGUUGAUUAAUUCUGUUGAAUAAUCAGUGAAAUAAAAGUCUUAAGCAUUUUA